GCCAUGCAGUCUAAGCACCUUGGUUCCCAGAACCCAAGUUGUAAGAUCAUGACCUUCUACCCAACCAUGGAAGAAUUUGCGGACUUCAACAAAUACAUCGCUUACAUAGAAUCGCAAGGGGCCCACCGAGCAGGCUUGGCUAAGAUAGUUCCACCCAAGGAAUGGAAAGCCAGACAGACCUACGACGAUAUCGAUGACAUCUUAAUAGCCGCUCCGCUGCAGCAGGUGGUCUCUGGGAGGGCAGGUGUGUUUACUCAAUACCAUAAAAAGAAGAAAGCCAUGACCGUGGCAGAGUACCGCCGCUUAGCAAAUACUGAAAAAUACCAGACUCCAUUCUACUCCGAUUUUGAGGAAUUGGAGCGAAAAUAUUGGAAAACCCGCCUGUACGAGUCCCCGAUAUACGGCGCGGACAUCAGUGGCUCUUUAUUUGAUGAAACCACGAAGCAGUGGAACCUGGGGCACCUGGGCACCAUCCAGGACCUGCUGGAGCAGGAGUGCGGCGUGGUCAUCGAGGGCGUCAACACCCCCUACCUGUACUUCGGCAUGUGGAAGACCGCCUUCGCCUGGCACACGGAGGACAUGGACCUUUACAGCAUCAACUUCCUGCACUUCGGGGAGCCCAAGACCUGGUACGCGGUGCCGCCCGAGCACGGCCGGCGCCUGGAACGCCUGGCCGGCGAGCUCUUCCCGGGCAGCUCGCGGGGCUGCGAGGCCUUCCUGCGGCACAAGGCGGCGCUCAUCUCGCCCACGGUGCUCCGGGACAACGGCAUCCCGUUCGGUCGGGUCACGCAGGAGGCGGGCGAGUUCAUGGUCACCUUCCCCUACGGCUACCACUCGGGCUUCAACCACGGCUUCAACUGCGCCGAGGCCAUCAACUUCGCCACCCCGCGCUGGGUCGAUUAUGGCAAAGCGGCCUCGCAGUGCAGCUGCGGCGAGGCGCAGGUGGCCUUCUCCAUGGACGCCUUCGUGCGCAUCCUGCAGCCCGAGCGCUAUGAGCUGUGGAAGCGCGGGCAGGACCGGGCGGUGGUGAACCACGCCGAGCCCGCGGCGCCGGGCGGCCGGGAGCUGAGCGCCUGGAGGGAGGUGCACUCGCCCUGGGGAACCUGGCUCGCCUGCAACUCCCUGGAGCCGCGCCAGACCCCGCCGCGGACGCCAGGGUACUCCAGAGCUGACUGUCCGACCCAGGCGAAGAAGAGCCUCUCCAAAGACUCAGAUCUGAGACGCAGCCCCGCCCUGCAGAGCGACCCUGGAUGGAACAACCCAGCCCGUGGGCCCCAACGUCUUGCUGAGGCCUCCGAGUAUGACUGCUCUUAG